CGCAGCCCUUGUUCUCUCCCCUUCCUGCAGCAACUGCCGGUGGAGACAGUGCGGACCCAGAGCUUCUCUGAUACAAGAUGCCGGAAGAAAUCCAACAUGGCGAGGAGGAGGUGGAGACGUUUGCCUUCCAGGCUGAGAUUGCACAGCUCAUGUCACUGAUUAUUAACACCUUCUAUUCCAACAAGGAAAUAUUCUUGCGAGAGCUGAUCUCAAAUGCCUCCGAUGCUCUGGAUAAAAUCCGCUACGAGAGUCUCACUGAUCCAUCCAAGCUGGACACUGGUAAAGAUCUGAAAAUAGACAUCAUCCCCAACCGGCAGGAACGCACUCUGACUAUUAUUGACACCGGGAUUGGCAUGACAAAGGCUGAUUUGAUCAACAACCUGGGAACAAUUGCCAAAUCUGGAACCAAAGCUUUCAUGGAGGCCCUGCAGGCUGGAGCAGAUAUCUCCAUGAUCGGGCAGUUUGGUGUUGGCUUCUACUCUGCCUACCUGGUGGCUGAGAAGGUUUCGGUGAUCACCAAACACUAUGAUGAUGAGCAGUAUGCUUGGGAAUCCUCGGCUGGUGGCUCUUUCACAGUAAAAGUAGACAAUGGUGAACCCAUCGGACGCGGCACCAAGGUCAUCCUACAUUUGAAGGAGGACCAGACUGAGUAUCUGGAGGAGAAACGAGUGAAGGAAGUAGUUAAGAAACACUCUCAAUUCAUCGGAUACCCAAUCACCCUCUAUCUUGAGAAGGAGCGAGAGAAGGAGAUCAGCGAUGAUGAGGCUGAGGAGGAGAAGGAGGAAGAGAAGAAAGAUGAGGAGGACGGAGAGGACAAACCCAAGAUAGAGGAUGUGGGAUCAGAUGAAGAAGAGGAGGGAAAAGACAAAAAGAAGAAAACAAAGAAAAUCAAAGAAAAAUACAUUGACCAGGAGGAGCUGAACAAGACCAAACCCAUCUGGACACGUAACCCUGACGAUAUCAGCCAGGAGGAGUAUGGAGAGUUCUACAAGAGCUUGACAAAUGACUGGGAGGACCACUUGGCUGUUAAGCACUUCUCCGUAGAAGGCCAGCUGGAGUUCCGGGCCCUGCUAUUCAUUCCCCGACGGGCUCCAUUUGACCUGUUUGAGAACAAGAAGAAGAAGAAUAACAUUAAGCUAUAUGUGCGCAGAGUGUUCAUCAUGGACAGCUGUGAUGAGCUGAUCCCGGAAUACCUGAACUUUAUCCGCGGUGUGGUGGAUUCUGAGGACUUGCCGUUGAACAUUUCCAGAGAGAUGCUGCAACAGAGUAAGAUCUUGAAGGUAAUCCGCAAGAACAUUGUGAAGAAAUGCAUGGAGCUCUUCACAGAGUUGGCCGAAGACAAGGACAACUACAAGAAGUUCUAUGAAGCAUUUUCCAAGAACCUAAAGCUUGGCAUCCACGAGGACUCCACAAACCGGAAGAAGCUGUCUGAACUCCUGCGGUACCACACUUCCCAGACUGGAGAUGAGAUGGCAUCUCUGACCGAAUAUGUGUCCCGCAUGAAGGAAAACCAGAAGAGCAUCUAUUACAUCACUGGUGAGAGCAAGGAGCAGGUGGCAAACUCUGCCUUUGUGGAACGUGUGAGGAAGCGUGGCUUUGAAGUGGUCUACAUGACAGAGCCCAUUGACGAGUACUGUGUCCAGCAACUCAAGGAGUUUGAUGGCAAAACCCUGGUGUCUGUCACAAAGGAAGGUCUAGAGCUGCCAGAAGAUGAGGAUGAGAAGAAGAUGAUGGAGGAGAACAAGUCAAAAUUUGAGAGUCUGUGCAAGCUAAUGAAGGAGAUCUUGGACAAGAAGGUUGAGAAGGUUACUGUAUCAAACCGUCUGGUGUCCUCUCCAUGCUGCAUUGUGACCAGCACAUACGGCUGGACCGCCAACAUGGAGCGUAUCAUGAAGGCACAGGCUCUGCGUGACAACUCCACCAUGGGAUACAUGAUGGCUAAGAAACACUUGGAGAUAAACCCAGAACACCCAAUUGUGGAGACAUUGAGGCAGAAAGCAGAAUCUGACAAGAAUGACAAGGCAGUGAAGGAUCUGGUGGUUCUUCUCUUUGAAACUGCUCUGUUGUCGUCUGGCUUCUCUCUUGACGAUCCUCAGACACACUCCAACCGUAUCUACAGAAUGAUCAAACUUGGUUUGGGUAUCGAUGAGGAUGAAGCCGCAGUGGAAGAAAGUUCGCCAUCCGUCCCUGAUGACAUCCCACCUCUGGAAGGUGAAGAGGACGCAUCUCGCAUGGAGGAAGUGGAUUAAUCUGCCCCUCGUUUCACAUAGCACUAGCUAGCUCCCCACCCCAUGUGUCCCCAGUGGAGGUGUUUGGACAGGAAUUCCUCCCUGGGGAUAUAGACUGUAAUGGCAUUUAUUACCAGGGAUCUGCUCUCCUUCCCAAAGUCCCCUGGGAAGAAGUCUAAGCUUCAAGACAAAUUGCUGCUGACUCAACCAUUUUGUUUUUCUUCCCUCCUCACUGUUCUCUUGGCUGUGUUCUAGUCUGUGGCUUCAUUAUGGCGAUGUUAGAUGUUCCUUUCAGGCUCUCUAGCACAAGGGAAACUCAAAGCUGUAUAAUUUACCAUCUUCUAGAUUGUCUGGGCCGACUGACACUUCUAUGUACCUAUCCCCCUAUCUGAGGCCUCCCAGCCUAGGUUGUACAUCCAAGAGAUGGGGGGCUAAGGCUCUCCUGCCCGUUGUAAAAGACCCAGAAAUCUCCCUGCGGAGAGUGGUAUUGUGUUUGUCUGCAGAACUGUUUGUUUUGGUUCUUGUUGUAAAACUUGAUGUUAUGCAAGAUAAAGUUCUGGUUUUACACUGAAAUAAUGUGGCUUGGUGUGAUGGACAUGACUUAUUGUGGGCCGUCUCUUUAUUUGUAAGUACUGCCCAUAAAGGGAGAACCAUGGCUCAGUGAACGGAUUGUAGGUUUUACAAUAAAUGCGAACACCUCUAUUUAAAAACAGACAUAAA